AUGGAUCCUCCUCGCGGCUCUAAGUUCCUGGACCCGACGUCCGCCAUGGCCGCUAUUACGAAGCACAAAGCAGAAGCUAUCAAGCUUGCGCGUGAGCAGGGCGUCGCGGUCCAGGAGAUGUGUCGCAGAGCGAAAACUGAUACUCCACCGUACGAAUUCGAGGAGCUGAUUGGCAAAGGUGCUUAUGGUCGCGUGUACAAAGGCCAUCAACUGCCCUCGCGCAAAGUCGUUGCUAUUAAAGUUAUGGAUAUUGAUUCGUUGGACUACAAAAGUGUCCGGGAUUUCCGAGACGAAUCUAUAAAGGACUUUAUUCAUGAGACGAAGGUUAUGAAGCAGGUUAAAGAUUCCGGAGCAAAGAACAUCAACGAAAUAAUCGAAGCUAUCUCUAUUCACUCGCAGCUGUGGUUGGUCUGUGAGUACUGCCCCGGUGGAAGCGUCAGGACAUUGAUGAGAGCUACGGGUGAUCAACUAGAUGAAAAAUUUCUCAUCCCUGUAGCCCGUGAGCUUGCUGCUGGCUUACGUGCUAUCCACGAUGCUGGCAUCAUUCACCGAGAUAUAAAAGCGGCCAAUAUCCUGAUUCACGAGGAGGGACGACUGCAAAUCUGCGACUUCGGUGUGGCUGGAGUGCUACAAUCACAGUUGGACAAACGGUCGACCUGGAUUGGAACACCCCACUGGAUGCCACCCGAGAUGUUCUCCAUGCGCGGCGAAGCGCACAAAUAUGGUAGUGAGAUCGAUGUAUGGGCUUAUGGCUGUACGCUAUUCGAAAUCGCAACGGGAAACCCCCCGAAUUCGAAUUUGCGAGAGCGAAUGCAGAUAGGAAGGCAACUCAGCCGCGUUGCUCCCAAGUUGGAAAAUUCAAAGUACAGUGUUGGGCUUAAAGAUAUUGUCUCUUACGUGUUGGAAUCAAACCCGUCUAGUCGACCAACAAUGGCAGACGUACAAUCGCAUGCGUACAUUGCAGAUACUGAGGAGGCCUAUCCCACAUCAUCUCUGAGUGAGCUAGUGCGAAUCUAUUAUCAGUGGUCGCAGCGGGGAGGACAACGGAUCUCCUUAUUCCACCCCGGAGGCGCAGCGGCUGCGGAGAUGCCAGGCACAACUAUGGACUCAGAUAGCGACUGGAAUUUUAGUACCACAGACGGGUUUGAACGAAGAUUCUCCGUCAUUGACCUUGACCAGAUAGCUGCAUCUUUGGCAGAGAUGGAGGACGAAAUUAGCACCACUAAUAUGCAGCCUGCAAGAGAAUCAUUCGAUGAACCGGCUGAGCGGGCAAUGACCAAGGACGACCAAGCGAACUUCGAUGAGCGCGUCCGACGAGGCGCCGAAGCUAUGGAGGGACUUUUCAAUGAAGAGAAACCAAGCUAUACGUACGAGACAAAGAAUGAUUUUGUCCCAAUUGAGGAAAAGCAGCCGGUUUCGGACCUACCUCUUCGCACCGAAACCGAUCGCUCUUCUGUCACCUCAACAUUUAUCGAUAUUGACAUUGGCUCAUUUGAUUCCUCGCACUAUGCAGCUGGAGCUUCAUCAGCGCAACCUUUUCAACUUGCAGAUGCAGACACCAUCAAGGCGAACAGAUCUAGUGGUCGUCAAGUCCGGAAUUCUAGUGAUAGUCGUUCCCGCUCAUCAAGCAGUGAUGUCAGCAACCGGGAAACUCAAGACCUGACUUACCAGCCUCAGAGUGGCCCGCGACCCCCAACAAUGGAUUGGAAGUUCCCGGUUUUCAUGCAGCCCCCAGAGGAGGAGGAGUCCCAAACGGACACCCCGCAGGAACCGGCACCCGUGGAGCCUGAACCCACAGCAAGGCGCGCAACGAUGGACUGGACCUUUCCUGUCAUGACGGCGGCUGCAGGUGAGGACCAGGAUGGCGACGAGAAUGAUGUCGAUAAUAGUCGCUAUGAUACUUUAAGGGCACCAGUUCUAGAUCUUGAGCCUGCGGCGCCGAUUCGACCUACUAGUAUUGGGGAACCUGGUGAUUCUCGGCCGUCCACGUCGGCGUCUACUCAUUCUCGUGCUAGUGUGUCGAUAAGCUCGGAUACUGAUUAUGACCCGUUCCGACUCGACCGGCCUUCCACUCCACCGGGCGGCAUCCCACAGCAGCGGCAAAUGCUGGAGAAUGACUACCCAGAACUUCUAGCCUCUGCUGAUGACAGGGAUGAUGAUCAGUCAUCUGUAUUAGAUGGACCUGGACCGGAUGAGGAGGAGAGCCACCCCAUUUGGCAAGAUAAUUCCGACGUAUCAGAUCCGGCUCUGCAGUCCGAGCCUUUCCCGCCUGCCAUCCCAACAAAGGAACUAGAGCCCAACCCUCCGUUUACCAGAAGGGAUGACUCUCCAUCAUCCGAGCCAUUACCUACAGCUCGACGCGCUCCACCUACAGGUGCACUCGAUGAAAUGGAGCCUAUUCUAUUUCCUGAUCUUGUGCCUCCUCGACUUGAAGUGAUGCAUGAAGGGGCAGAUGAGAGUGAUGUGACAGCUGAGAUGGAUCGACUGCUAGGUGAUUUGUUGAGUGCGCUCUCGGCCACGGGGGAAGCGCUAUCGCGCACCAGAUUCGGACCAGAAGUCACGAAUGGAAAGAGCUCGACGCCUGAGAUUCCUGAGUAG